GGGCCGUGGACGGAAGGCUGGACCAUGGAUCAAGAGGACCUCACCCAUCACCACCAAAAUGUCACCAGCAGCAUGACUGAAAUUUCAACUACACUCAAGGACCAAACGGUGCCCAUGGACCAAACGGUGCCCAUGGACCAAACGGUGCCCAUGGACCAAACGGUGUCCCUGGACCAAACGGUGCCCAUGGACCAAACGGUGUCGCAAGACCAGCAUCAGGACGUUCUGGGGAGUCCAUCUGAAGUCCCACAGAAUGAAACCAAACAUUCAGAUAAAACAGAGAUGGAAAGCGACCCAGAGUCUCGACACUCACACUUGAAUUCAUCGGAACGAGAUUCACAACAGCAAGACUCUCUCGCACCUGAGGAUCACCACCGUCAGGCAGAUACUGUCUCCAGGGAGGAACCAUCUUGGGAGGAAAUAAACCUGAGAAACGAACCUUCUCAGAUUGAAGAGAGACAUAAGGAUGAGAUGGAGAUGGCUACAGACCUUCUCAAACUGUUAGAAGACGACAGGAAGAGAGUGGAGGAACUAGAGGCGGCCCAAGAGCUGUGGAAGCAGGAGAUUGUAGAAAUAAAGCAACUGUUGGAGAGAGAGAGGAAGGCGAGGGAUGAGGAAGAGUCCAGACACAAACACAACAUCAACGCCAUCGUCCAGGAAAAGGAUAUCCUGAAGGAAGACGUGGAGUUCCUGCAGAGAAACCUGGCGAGGGAGGAGGCCUCUAGGCAGGAGGAUAACAAGAAGAACAAUCAGAUCGUCUCCGGCCUCAAGAAGCAGUACAACGACGCCCUUAUGGAGAACGAUAAACUGCAGAAGGAGGUGGAGGUGUCGCAGAAGAACCUGGUGGAGGAGAUGGAAGCCCACCAGAAGGAGAAGGCUAAGAACAAUGAAAUGGUCGCUCUUCUCGAACACCUCAAGCAACAACUGCGUGAGAAGGAGGAUGAUGCCAAGAUGCAACAGACUGAGUUCGAAGCAGCACUGCAGGAGUUAACAGACACACGAGAGAAGUUCCAAGCCUUUAGAAAUAACUCCCAGGAAACACUCAACCAUUUACUCGAUACGUCCAUACGGUAUGAGAGAUCAGAGGUGGUGAGGGAGGUGGUGAAGGCCGGGGCUGAUGCAGAGUUCAUCACCCGACAGGACGAAAGUGGUCGCCGCCCCCUGCACCUGGCGGCUCUUUGGGGUCACGCAAAGGUCACGGAGGUGUUGUUAGAGAAGGGGGCGAAGGUCUCUGCCCUGGACUACUGCGGCGAUGAACCCAUCCACACAGCGUGCAGGAACGGCCACUCGAAGGUGGUGGAGCAGCUGUUGAAACAUAAACCUGACUUGGUGGACGCCCGCGACCAUAGAGGGUGGACACCUGCCCAGUUGGCAGCAGCGGCGGGUUACCCGGAGGUGCUGGCAGCCCUCGAGAACAACGGACUGGAUCUGAGUACCGUCAUUGAUGACCAAGGACGCUCUCUUCUUUACUAUUCAGCCGCUAAUGACCAGCUGAGGUUAUCAGUGUGGCUGGUGGACCACGGUGUAAAGCCUUCCUACGUCAACAAAUGGAAUGCGAGUGUUCCUCUCACCCACAUGCUACUGACCAGCUUUCUAGGAAUCGCCCAUCGGCUUCACUUCUAUAAUUGGGCCUCUGCAGUGAUGAUGUUGUGGCCGAUACAGAGUGUCGCCUUCUACCUGUAUAGCUGGUGGUGGGAGCGACAGUGGAUAGGUAACACGAAGCAAGAUUACCAACUCAUAUUACAGGAGACACACACGUUGACGCCACCACCACCACCACAACACCAGAGUCCCCAGCCCCACCUACAGCAGAGUCAACAGUUGCCACAGGGGACGAGAGAGAAAAAGAAGGAACAGAGGAUGAAGAAGGAAGGGAAGGGACAGAAACAGGAUGUAGUGAUGGAAGAGACGGGAGAGAAACAAGAAGUAAAGGAGAAAGAAAAAGGACAGAAACAGGUGAUGAAGGAGGAAGAAGCUAAGCAGCAACAGUCUCAGAGCACCAAAUGGGUGGAACAAGAGGAACAGGAGUCGACGGCAUCAACACGGAGGAAGAGGAACAAAAAACAGAAACAAAAACAAAACAAAAAUAAACGACUCGAGUCCCCGGAUGAGUAUGGAAAGCCACACGGACUUCCUAACCUGGGCAACACCUGCUACAUGAACUCCGUGUUGCAGUGUCUUUACUUUACCGACCCUCUCACCCAGUACCUCAAAGGAGGGUGCCAGAAUGGGAAGGUGUCAGGGGCCUACCAGGGUGUCGUGCAGGCUCUUACUACAGGUGCCAACGCCCGGAGUGUCGUGUCCAAACUCAAGGAAAAUGUGAGUAGCCUUGACCCGCUGUUCAGUGACCACAAGCAGAAGGAGGCACACGACUUCCUGAUGGUGCUUCUGCAGGAGCUACACAACGACCUAGCUAAGAAAGGUGAUGGGGGUGGUGAAAAGAGCUCAGUCGUCUCACAGCUAUUUGACGGGACACAUCGCUCGACCAUUACCUGCAACAAGACCAAGGAGGUGUUGUGUUGUGUUGACGAGCCCUUCUCCAGCCUCUCCCUAGCUGUCAAUAUCUCGCGCUCCUGUCAGUUGGAGGACCUGGUGCAGCACUACUACAGGCAGCAACAGAUCAUGUGGGAUUGUUGUAGUUGUGAGAAGGAUCAUCUCUGUCCCCAACACACUGGUCUCCUCCACAUACCUCAGUACCUCAUCUUACACCUGAGCAGGUACAACAAGAGUGACCCACACGGCAAGAAGGCAGAGGUGACCUUCCCACUUGAAGGUCUCGACUUAUCUGAGUACAUGGUGUCUCACGAGGACAGGACUCGGGCAGGCCACUAUGCAUUGUAUGGGGUGUGCGUUCACGAGGGGACUAUGACGUACGGCCACUACACCGCCGUUUGCAGGGACUUCUCUAGCGGGCAGUGGUACGUCUUCAAUGACCUCAGCGUCCGGAGCAUCAGUCAGGCCCAGGUCCUCUCCCUACACAAUGCUCACAUUCUCUUCUACAGGAGGGUGGAGAGCGUGUGAAACCUAGGGGCAAUUAGCUCUCGUCGUGUUGGUCCUGUAGUAAACCUCCUCUUCUUGCUAGGACUACAGCAUACUUGUUCAUUGAGGAAGUUUUUGUUAUGAGUUAUUUAAGGUUAUUCGUAAGUGAUUGUGUCAUAUAGUGUCAUGGUGUCAUAUAGUGUCAUGGUGUCAUAUAGUGUCAUGUAUCUUGAGUCAUUUUAGUGGAUAUCGUUGUUUAAGUUACUCCAGUGAGGCUAAUUCUUAAGGGUGUUUGAACUUACGUUUAUAUAUAAUGUAAUAGUAUUUUCAAUCACAAAUAAAGAAAAGAUAUUUGA